UCGGUUCUUUCAAACAGUUCGGUUCAAUAUCGUCACGUGGUUCUUUAUGUCACGCUCCAUUUUCCAGUGAAGACCAUAGACUGUAUAAAAAGGUGGAGACAUUUUACUGGUACCAGUCGGCGCUAUAGCUGUACCCAGCUGGUAAAGAUGAACGCUUUAGUUGCCCUUUGCCACUUCUGUGAACUCCAUGGCCCGCGGACGCUAUUCUGUACAGAGGCCGUCCACCCUCCAUCCCCGUCUCCUUCGCAGUCUGGUCCAGGCAUUCCUGGGGACAGGGACCGAGAGGCGGACAGAGAGGGUGAAGGGCUCACCAUGAGAGCCAACAGCUCUGCCACACAAAGAGCUGACAUGUGUGAAGGUUGUCGCUCCCUACCUGCGUCUCACCCAGGCUUUGUGAGUGUGGACAGUGAGACGGGAAUCCGCUAUCUGAGCCACCAACACCCACGCCAGCCACAGCUCUUCAGUGUUGUGCGACAAGCAUGUGUGCGCAGCCUGAGCUGCGAGGUUUGUCCUGGUCGAGAGGGGCCCAUCUUCUUUGGAGAUGAACAGCACGGAUUCGUUUUCUCUCAUACGUUUUUCAUCAAAGACAACCUGGCACGGGGCUUCCAGCGCUGGUACAGCAUUGUCGUGGUAGCCAUGGACAGGAUCUACCUCAUCAACUCCUGGCCAUUCCUGUUGCGCCACCUGCGGCUAACCAUUCAGAGUCUACAGAACACAGCACUCAAGGUGUUUGACAGUGAGCAGUGUGUGUGCCCUCAGAGGGCUGUGCGUAUGAACAGCGCCUUCUCUCCGGCAGUGUUCCCUCACCAGCGCAGCGGCAAUGCAGCCCGCUCACUCACAUCCCUAACCCAGCACCCCAACCUGUGGGCUAGUCUGCACUCCUCAUUCAGCUGGUUGCUGAAAGCUUGUGGCAGUCGGUUGACAGAGAAGCUUUUAGAGGGGGCACCCACAGAAGACACACUCGUUCUCAUUGAAAGACAAACUGAGCAAGAGGAAGAGAUGAGUGGCUGGGAUGGUGCUGAAGGGGGUGGGUCUAACCCACAGCCCAGCCAAUCAGAGAGUGUGCAGGUCAAAGAUUUUCAAUUUGAUGAUGGAAGACAAGAGGACCUUCUUGGGCCAAAGUUCAAAUCACUGAGACAUUUAAGACAGGUCCUGGGUGCCAGCGAUUUCCGACAGCUGGCAUGGCACGUUCUCAUGGGAAAUCAAGUAAUAUGGAGAGGUGCAGACCCUGGUCUUAUCCAGUCAGCUUUCAAUGUGCUGAAGGCUUUGCUUCCAGUUGGCUGUGUCCGAGCAGUUCUGUACAGUCCUCACUAUGAGGAAGCAUAUCGAUGCAACUUCCUUGGCCUUAGCCCAGAUGUACCAAUCCCAGCCCAUGUUAGCUCUUCAGAGUUUUCCAUGCUGGUGGAUGUACUUAAUGUUGAGCGCGGUUGUGUAAAUCCCAUUUCAGAUGAUGACAUUCUCUCACUUUACCAGUUCAACAUUAGCAGUGCAAACACACAACCAACAGAUAAAGGUCCAACUCUGUUGAAUAAGAUCGAAGUGGCUCUUUCUAAUGAGAAUUUGUCGGUGGAGGUGGUCUCUCUCUGCUUACUCUGUCUGAAAGAAGAGUGGAUGAACAAAGUAAAAGUGUUGUUUAAGUUCUCCAAAGUGGACGGCAGAGGUAAAGAGGACACUCAAAAGGUUUUAGCUCUGCUGGGGGCCACGGGACCGGGGGAAGAGGACAAUGUGCGUCUUCUUAAGUUUUGGAUGACAGGACUCAGCAAGCUCUACAAGAGCCAUCUAAUGACAGCAGUCAGAGGUGGAGAGAGAACUCUGAGCCAGUGAGAGAGAGAAAGAGAGAGAGAGAAAGGGGACAAUGGACUCAUUGCUAGAGUUAGAUGAAAGGAAUGUGUGGGUGUGUGUGGGUGUCUGCGUGUCAAUUACGGGAAAAGGGGGCCUGGCCUGAGAAUGUGUUUUUCUGCAUGGUACAGAGAGAAAGUAGAAGCUAUCAUUGUGAUUGGAGCCACAAAAACUUUUACUUACACAUGUGCAUUUAAAUGGAAUGUUGUUUUACCGUCAUGCAUAGACAUGUCCAUUUUCUAUCUUUUUCACUAUGUGUCUAAUAGAGCACAUGGUCCACUGACUUCAUGGGAACUAGGCAGAGUAUCAGUUGACAUGAUACUGUUUGUGGCUUGCCUAUUGCAAUUCCUCAUCAAUUUUUUUCCAUCUGACUUGUCUGAGAGAGAAUUUGUAUUUUAAGAGCAAUUUUAUUUAUCUUUAUUUGAUAACUUAUUUUAAAUAAAUGGCUUUUACUUUAAUCUGACACAUUCUAAAUAAAGACUAUUUGCUGCUUGUAAACCAAAGUGUUACUUUUUUAUUUUUUUAUAUGAAGUACUGCAAUUUAUUACAGCAAUGUGGUUAUACCAGCUACUGAUCAGAAUCAGACUAUGCUGCCAUGAGAGUUUCUGGAUUAUGCAGAAAUCCCCUUAAACCCAUUAUACUUUUUACAGCUUGUUUCGAUGUACUACAAGACUUAAAGUCAUGCAAUAAACACUGUGCAAACAUGCAAGUCCACCCUAAGCAGCUCUUAUGUAAGGAAGUUCUUGUGUUUCAAGGUGGUACUGAAAGGAUCAGGUUAUACUAGGGCAAUUCCUCCUAUGUAAAUGUAGCUAUCACGAGACCUAUCGUUUUUGGACUGUAUCAUGCUUAUCAAGUCUUUUUUGCAUCUAAAAUUUGUAACCAGUUAUCAAUGCAGGUUAAAUAAAAAAAAUUGUGAAAUGUGGUGAGUGUGUGUGAACGUGUGCAGAAGAAUCAAUAUUACCCCGAGGACUGCAAGAUAUUCUGUCCUGUCCACACAGGUUGAUUGAUAGCAAUUGCUGGAUCAUUGCCAGAAUAACUUUUACUAGUACAGAUAAUAACCCAUUUAUUUAU